GAAUUUGUAAUUAACCUAAUUUGAAACGUCGAAAAUUCAAAAUAAGGUGAUUGAAAAAAUGUGAAAAAUUGCUUUGUUGGAGGCUUGACGUUGCUCCGAAAAUGAAUGAAGGAAAACCUAUUGCAUGAAGGAAAUCUAGUUAAGUGUGAUAAGUAUUAAAAUUUGAAAGAAUGUCUUCUAUAGAGGAGACAAUCCUUGCUUUUCCAUCUUGGAAAUUGCUAAACGACACGAUGAUAAUGCCCGAUGUCUUCAAGAAAGAAGAGUCUGUAACUAGACUUGUAUCCAUCAUAAAAUCGAGUGUGUUCGAAAAUACAUUCGUACACGAAAAGGAUCCUUCCCUUUCUUACACCGAGUACCAAGAAAUAGCUAACAUGUAUAAGUCUUUCACAACCUGGAUAUUGGGUAGAUUUUUUUAUGCAAUGAGUGGCCGCAAACUUAACAGAAUACACGAGUCUCUAAUAGAUGUCCAGAAAUAUAUUUUGUUGCAGUUGUCAAAGACACAACCAAAUAUUUAUCGGGAUAUCACAAUAGAAUAUGGGAAGGCACUCACUACAUUGAAAAACUUCUAUUUGGGAGAAAGUAACAAUGAAAAAGAAAUCUUACAGGUCUUUAUACCUUCUGAACAUGAUGCACUCAAGAACAAAAUAGAUUUGAGUCCCAUUUAUGUAGAAAUCACAUCGAGAACUACUUGCAUCAAUCUGUUAAAUAACAUAACGCAAAUUAUUCAACCUAUUCUGGUUGAUUGUUUUAUGUUUUAUAAUUUUGGUGAGGAAAUAGAAAGGAUUUUGAACAACUAUCUAUCAAUAUUGAAUAAAGGAACUAUAAGUUUAAAACUGAGCAUUUUAAUAUCAUAUGGUAUGAUUGUUGAACAACUGAAUAUACACAAAAGUUUCUGCAGAAACAUCGAGAUCAUAUUACAGAAGUUUUAUUUGUAUUUUGAAAAUAUAAUCUGUAGUGUUUGUGAUGGAACUAUAAGUCUUGAUGAAGUUCAGUACUCGUCCUUAGAAAAUGUGAUGGUAAGAGUUUAUAACAAUUUUGAGUUCAUCAAGAAUGGAAAUUUUAAAUGUAAAAGAUUAACACUUUCAUUAUAUACCAAAAUGUUCAAGAAAUCAUGGAAAUACAAUAUUUCAGAUGAAUUUUUGGAUAUCAUAGUGCCUCAUAUCCAGAAUUUAGACAUAAAUAUUGGGGAAAACUAUGAAGAUUUCCUCAUAGAACAUUUAAGUACAUUGAACUUCUUCAAAAUAUGUAUAUUGAAAAAUAGAUGGAAGAACGAUAUAUUGAAACACUGUUCUCAACUCAAAUGUGGAAAAGAAAUAAAAGUUUAUGAACACAAUGUGAGCAAGGAGUGGGGCAUAUUCUGUGAAAUAUUCCUGAGAAAAUUGGAAGAAAGCCAUCAACCAUUUAUUGAAUAUUUAGAGUUUUUCAAUAAGCUAUUUACGUUACUCCUUGAAAUUACCAUGGAAGUACAGAAUUUCCUUAUAGAUGAAAAAUCUGUUAUUGAUGCUACAUUGGUUUUUUUCAAAGAGGGUCCUGUUUUCUACAAUUUUGUGAAGAAAUUGAGUGAGUCAAUUGACGAUAAUGUUGGAGAUAAGCUUCAAGAUUUGUAUUGUAUAUUUCUUGUUAAUUUCAUGGUGCUCUCGAGAACGAAAAAUUUAGAUGUUGUUUUCACAAUAAUUGCUUAUCCUUAUUUGAUACCACAUAUAUACAGCAAUGGAAAAGAAAUGCCUAACCAACUCAUAGGAUUCAAUGAUAGCUUUGCUUUCAAAAAGGCUAUCCAGGAAUUAUACGAGAUAAUGGGCAAAACAAAUUAUUCAGAAAUCAAAUCUUCAAAGUAUCUGAGAUAUUUUAUUGAAGUUUUGAGCUGUGGACUGUUGCAGAAUUUGAAUGAGAGCCACAUUAAUCAUAUUCAAUUUGUAUUAUUGAAAAUUUGUAAUUUUAUUCACAAGGAACAAAAUGAGGUGGUUAAAAUGGAAAUGUUACAUUCAAUUCCACACAUCAUAUCAAUAUUUCCAAGAUCAGAAUCUUAUUUGAACGAGUUCUUCACUCCCAAUUUAAAUAAUGGAACAGGGAAAAUACUAAAUACUGCUUUAUCUCUAUCAAAACACCUUUUAUGUAGUUCGUAUUGUGACUACAUAAAAGUUAUUAUUUUGAAUACAACGGGAAAAUUAACUAUUGAAAUAUACUGUGAAAAUUGUGAUACUGAGAUAAGAAACUCGACUGAAAAAGGUGAAAAACUGAGUCAGUUCAAGAAACGUAUUAAAUCCAUGGGUCCCUCCAUGAUUUUCAAUUUUUGUCGUAACAAAUUCGACAUGAGCUCCUUAUCCAGCGAUAUAUUGAGGAGAAGUAUGGCAGUGCUAGAAACUAGAGAAGCAGAGGCUAAGAUUUGUGCCUUAAAGUUAUUACCAACAGUGGCCAGACAUUUACCAAAUUUUAUAUCUGUUGAUAUUGUUAAAAUAUGGCUGGAUAAAUUGGAAGAUUGUGAUUCAAAAGUACAAGGAGUUCUGGCGAAAAAUAUUGGCAUGAUUUUGAAGAAUAGUCAGGAGAAUAUGGCAGUUUCUGAAAGUGUUAAAAAAGAUUAUUUUGAUAAAGUUUUGGAAACAAUCCUAGAGUUAACUAAGAAAUCAAUUAGAUAUUCGAAAUUCGAAUUACAAGAUACCCUGCUUAUAUCCAUAAGAUCGAUAAUUGAGCUUCAGUACGAACACACUAUUUUACCAUUGUUCAAAAUAAUUCUAUAUUUGAUUAUGGUUCCCACAUCUAAAUAUUUUCCUAUAGCAAUCAAUAGACUGUAUUAUUUGGCAGAAACACACAACAAAACACCACAACAAAUAUAUGUUUCCCAUACAAAAGAGAUUUGUGAUACUUUGACCCACUUAUGUGUUGUGAACCAAAUGGCUCUAAAUUAUAGAAUGAGCACUUCCCUGAAAAAGAUAUCGAUGAUCUUUGGAUUUACCGUGAAAGAUUUUGUUACUAAGGAGUGUCAGUAUUUAUUACCGUUCUUGAUUGCAAAAAUCAAAACUCUGCCCAGUGUCAACAAACUUAUCGAGGAAAUGGCUGCAAUUAUGGAUGUUGAACUUCCUGAGCUUUUAGCCAGUAAAUAUGGUUAUAUUUUUAUUCACAUUUUCUUGAAUCAAGAAACUAGUGGCGUUUACAAAGCUGUAAUGUCGUAUGUGGAAAAUACCACUGGUUUAAGUGGGGAGAACCUUAGACGAAAAAACUUCAGAGUCAUCUUGAACAACCUACUCCUGCAUUUCCAUAGGAAGAAUAGAGAAGUAGUUCUGGCCCUCAAACUUCUUGUUAAAGAAGAUACAGAAAAAAAAACAGAAAAUAUUCCUGAGUACCUCCAUUCGCAUUUUCUUGGAGUGCUCCAAUUCUUCCUGAAUACACUCAUUUCCGAUGAGAACGAUCACAAGGAAACUCUUCGAAGCUUAUCAGGGAUAAUCAGUUUCAUGGGAUCCAAACAUAUAACACCAUUGAGAUUCAAAAUAAUUUCAAUCUUGCAAACUUUCAACUAUGAAAAAUAUCCCAUUCUAGUUUCGGAGGUGUGGUUUACUUUCCUCAAAUGCUGCGAGGUAGAAAUGUUGGGCCCCCAAUUAGCAACAAUAUUCAAAUCGCUGCAGCCACUCAUGGAUCAAUGUCCCAAUGAAAUAAACAAGAUAUACAUGUAUUUGAUAUGUGAAAAUGAAACUAAAUUCAGUGAACAUAUAAAGGAUCUGUUUUUCAUGAAGAACACAAAGGUUUCCACACAAAUAUCGUAUAAACUGCAAUCAUACCUCUCGGAGAUUGAAAGGUACACUUUCAAACAAAAAAUUAAGUGGCUGCUGAAAUACCUGACACAUGAAACGAUUGAAAUAAGGGUGGAGGGACUGAAAGAACUGAAUUUAUUGUUAGAAAAAAACAGGGAGGAGUUGGACAACAUGAUUUUAGGCUACAAUGGUCUUGAUGAUUCUAUCGUUGAAUUGAUAGAUAUCCUGACGUCUACUUGUCGAGAGAAGGAUAAACAACUGAAAUUAGCUUGUGCAGAGGUUAUGGGAGAAUUGGGAGCUUUAGAACCUAGUCAUUUACCACGGAGAUAUGUUCGUGAUACUCGAGAAUUUUCUUUUUUCAUUUAUGAAGAUAAUUUUGUAGUAAACGCUUUGAACGAAUUGAUCAAAGCACUUCAGGCCGAAACUAACGCUGUGAACAUGGAUCGUACGGCCUUAGCUAUCCAGGAGAUCUUGAAAACAUACCAUAUAUCGCCAGACGAGAAAAGUAGCAAACAUUCCAUAUGGAAACAAUUCACAGAAUCUCAGCAGGAACUAAUGAAGCCUCUUCUAUCCUCACGUUACAUUUCAGCCUUGAACUCAUUGAGUUUUGAUUUUACUAUACCGAUUUUUGGAUCGAAUUUGGGUUCAACUUUCGAGACAUGGCUUUAUAAUUGGGCUUGCAGUCUUAUUUCGAAACUACCCACUGAAAGAAGGACAUUAUUGGAAGGUUGUCUGCCUAGUAUGAAAGAGGGGGAGAGGAUUUUGAUGCACUUUUUACCCCAUAUUCUUCUGCAUAGUUUGAUCGAAGGUAACUGUGAAGAAGCGGCGUAUGAUGAAUUUCAAGCAGUGUUGAGCUCCUUCAGUACCAAACAUGAAUUGGAUAACUCCAUUGUAAGCGUGGUGGCUGUACCAAUGCCUGGUGCAAGUAUUGUUUCUCAGACCGUCACUCAGAAGGAGUUUUGGAAGAAUCAGUGCACAAAAACUGUAUUUAUCCUCCUAGACUUCUUGGACAGGUGGUUGAGAGAGUGGCAAUGCCUCAAAAGAGUGGCAGGAAGGAAUGAUCCCAACUUCAAGAAAAUUAAGAACUUUCUGAGUCGAUUUUGCAAACUGCAAUUGGCAAAUUGUAACUAUCGAUGUGGAGAAUACCCCAGAGCCUUGAUGUACCUUGAAGACUUCAUCACAGAGAACCCGAUAGAAAUGGCGGAAAAUCUGUCCUUCUUAGCCGAGAUAUAUGCGCAACUGGAUGAGCCAGAUGGCGUUGCAGGUACUAUGGCCCUUCGAAAUACAGAGCCAUCCAUUGAAGAUAGGAUUUUAGCACUCGAAGUCUCUGGUAAAUUGGCAGAUGCUGCCGCAUGUUACGAAAGAAUAAAACCCCCGCUAAAGCUCAGACACAUUCAGGGAUUGAUGCAAUGUUAUUUGGACUUGGAUAACGUGAAUACUGCGUUGAAUUUUGUUUACGGAGCCUUAAAUACCUACGAUUACUAUGGUAACAUGCUGCUGGAAAUGCAAGCCGAACCUCUGUGGAGACUAGGGAGCUUUGAUCAUUUAAACCAACUUUUAAAGAGACCGGAACUGGUGAACAACAAGAGUUGGGGUGUACAAAUUGGGAAAGCUUUGAUUCACUUCGGUAAAGGAGAAAGGAAUGAAUUUCAAUGCACUCUAGAGUCUCUUAAACUGCAACAAGUUGACUCGCUUGGCGCAGCAAGUUUAGUGGAGGGCGCAUAUCAGCAUGGCUAUGGUUAUAUUGCCCGUUUACACUCUUUGAACGAGCUCCAACAAGUUGAGAAAUGCAUGCACAGCCUACUCGUUCAAAGCAAUGACAACAAGUUGAUUGAAAGGGUCAUCAAUGACUUGAAGGGGGAGUGGGAAUUGAGAUUGAAGGUAGUACAAGAAUCGGUAAGGAUAAUGGAACCUAUCCUAUGUAUGAGACGGGUUGCAUUGGAGCAAGGAAAGAAAUUGAUUGAGGAAAAAUUACCUAACGCAAUUCCCUAUAUUGAUGCCCUUCUAGGAGAAUGCUGGCUGUUGAGUGUCAAAACUGCAAGAUCUGCUCGAGUCCAUCAGCAAGCUUUUACCUACACGUUGAAAGCUGAGGAGUAUGCUCCAGCUGAAUUAUUCAUUGAGAAAGCAAGAUUGCACUGGCUUAGAGAAGAGAACGAACAAGCUAUGACUACCUUGAAAAGGGGUUUAGAUAAACUUUUGCAUGGUAUCCAGAAGAAUUAUGAUAAGUUGAGUCUGGACCAAAGAAAAUUAUGUGCAGAAGCAAGGUUAUUGUUUGCAACAUACAAUGAUAGUACCUCUAAUGUUGAAGCAGACAUUACUCUCCAAAAUUACAAAGAUGCUUACGAAGUCUACAAAGGAUGGGAGAAAACUAUGGUUUGUUUAGGUCAGUACUAUGACCGUAGAUUCCAGUCUCUGCCACCGGAAGAGAGGGAUUCAAAGUCUAGUGAUCUCCAAAUUGUGAUGAUCAACUAUUUCGGGGGCUCCCUUCUAUAUGGAAGUACCUUUGUUUAUCAAUCUUUACCCAGACUUCUUUCUAUUUGGUUUGAUUAUGGCACCAGGUUGCUUGAUGUUACAAUAUCGAAAGUAAGGGAAGAAAGAAGAACGAAUCUAUUGAAAAUGACCCAUUUGAUCGAUAACUUCCUACAGAAAUUGCCUGUUUAUAUCUUUUUGACGGCGUUUUCCCAACUGGUAUCUAGAAUAUGUCAUCCCCAGAAAGAGGUUUACAUUGAACUGAAAUCGAUAAUAAUAAAAUUGUUGUUGCAUUACCCUCAACAAACGUUAUGGAUGUUGAUCCCUAUAAUGAAAUCGAGCUAUGCCAUGCGAGUUAAGAGGUGUAGCGAAAUAUUCAAUGAUCCAAAACUAAGGUCACCACCCAUGAUUGAUCUCAUCAAGGAUUUCACUGCUUUGGCGGAAAAAUUGAUAGAACUGUGCAAUAAAGACAUACCGAAUGAUGUUUCGACUACCUCAGUGAACAGUUUGCUGAGAAGUCUACCUAGGAUGCUCAGUAAGGGUAACUUCAGCGAAAUCAUGAUCCCAACGCAUAAGUUCAGGAAGUUGGUUCUACCGAAUCCGGAUAUUAAAAAGUCUGAUCAGCAUAAUCCAUUUCCCAAUCAAUAUGUUCAUAUUGUAGGGAUACAGGACGAAAUGACGAUAUUAACUAGUCUUCAAAGACCAAGAAAGAUAAUCUUGAGAGGGAGCGACGGCAAAGGUUAUAUUCAAAUGCUGAAACCUAAGGACGAUUUGAGGAAAGAUUUCAGACUGAUGGAAUUCAAUGAUAUUGUGAAUCAAUUACUGGCUCGUGAUGCAGAAGCUAGGGAACGCAGACUGAAUAUAAGGUUAUAUUCAGUAGCUCCGCUGAACGAAGAGUGUGGUCUUAUAGAGUGGGUACCGAAUCUCCUAGGCCUUAGGCCGAUACUGAUGGGUCUUUAUAACCAAAAUGGUCUAGGAAUGAGGAAUUCGGAACUCAGGGAAGUUGUCUGUGAUUUAAAGGAUCCCUUAUCGAAGAAAAGGGAUGUGUUUGUUAAAAGGUUGUUGGUUCGACAUCCACCAAUUCUCGGAGAAUGGUUCAGGAGGAAUUUUCCAGAUGCUCAAAGUUGGUUGACUGCCAGGACAGCCUUUAUAAGGACUACUGCAGUGAUGUCAAUGGUUGGUUAUAUUCUUGGUUUGGGUGAUCGUCAUGGGGAGAAUAUUUCUAUAGAUUCGACAUCUGGCGACACUGUUCAUGUGGAUUUCAACUGUUUGUUCAAUAAAGGUGAAUCGUUGGAGUAUCCGGAGAGAGUACCUUUCAGGCUCACUCACAACAUGGUGUCGGCUAUGGGCCCCCUUGGCGUCGAGGGAAUGUUCAGAAAAUCCUGCGUUUGCACUCUUGGUGUACUGAGAACGAAUACCGCGACUCUUAUGUCUAUUGUAACUCCAUUUGUUUAUGAUCCUUUGGUGUCUUGGACUAGGAUAUCGGUUCAAGCAACAGGGGCAGAACGAACGAACGAUCAGGCAUUCGAGAAUAUUAAAAACAUAGAACUCAGGCUGCAAGGUGUAAUUAAGUAUGGAGGAAGAACGCAAUCUCUUUCCCCGCUGUCUGUGGAGGGUCAGACUAAUUACCUAAUCAAAGAAGCAAUGAGUAUUGAUAAUUUAUGCCAAAUGUAUUACGGCUGGGGACCGUUCUUGUGAAAAUCUUUUUUUCUAAUUUAUACUUGUUUUCGAUCAUGCAACGUGUUGUUAGAGUUAUAUAUUUUGUAAUGUAAUUUAUAAUUUUUUAAAUAAAUCAUGUUGAAUUA